AUGCGUCAGUUUCUUACGAAUACUAAGAAACUAAUUGAAGAGAAAGCAGAAAAAUUUAAUUUAUUUCAAUCAUAUUCAUCAUCAUUAUUACCAUCAAAUAAAAAUUAUCAAUAUUAUGAAAUUUUAUCAACACGUUUAUAUUUGUUAACAUUCAUUCUCCUAUUAUUCAUUUUUACAUUUUAUACAACAUUAAUUAAUCGAACACUAAUAGUAAUAAUUAAAUCACCAACACUGAAACAAUAUGAAACACUUUAUGAGAAAUAUUCAGAAACAUUAACAUGUUCUUGUACACAAAUAUCUAUUCCAUAUGAAAAAUUUAUUUAUCUGUCACCAAUUUAUCAUCAAGUUUGUUCAAGUCAAUUUAUAACAGAUAAAUGGUUUGAAUAUAUCAAUGAUAAUACAAAUUAUGGCAUUUCUUUCGAAACAUUAUGUCAAUCAACAAAUCAAACAAUUCAAGAGAGUAUAAUUGUUUUUUAUCUAACACAAUUAGUUAAUGAUAAAUUAAUACCAGAACAAUUAUUUCAAAUACAAAUUAAUUCCUAUAUUCAAUUUUUUAUAUCAACAACAACAAGUACAUAUAACCGUUCAUUACAAAUACUAGAAGAUACAAUACAAGUAAAUGGAUUAUUAGCAAGCGGUACAAAUGUAGAAUUUUUUUCACCACAAUAUCUCCAAAGUGUUCUAAUAAUACCCAAUAUUUAUUAUGAUCAACAUAAUCAAUCAUGUUCAUGUACAAAUACAGAUAAAUGUAUACAACAAAUAAAACUCUAUAAUUAUCUUAUAGAUGACGAUUAUACGACAGUCAAUGGAUUGUAUUGUGGUUGUUAUAUAGUUAAUUCAUUACUCCAAUCAACAUUAGAAUGUUUUUAUGAUGAUAAUCCAACAUGUUUUGAACAAUUAAAUUUAAUUUUAUCACCUAUAUCUAAUCAACGUUUAAAUUUUUCAUUAUUAAAUUCAACACAAAAUAGUCUAUAUCAAUCAAAUACAACAAUUGAACAAAUUGUUGAUAAUUUAAUGGUUGAACAAUGGAAUCCUUUGAUUUCAUAUCAAUCAUAUUUUAAUGAAUGUAAUCCUGACCAAUGUACGUAUACAUACGUUAAAAAUUUUGAUUAUAUUUAUACGAUAACAACAAUAUUGGGAUUGAUUGGUGGCCUCAAUACAGUGUUAAAAAUAUUAAUACCAAAAUUUGUUAUAAUAAGCUGUUUUUAUAUUCUACCAUUCACUAAAAAAUUAAAUUGGAAAUCAAAUCAGGUUCAACCAAUAACAACAACAAUCGAAGAAAAUCAAAAUAAUGUAAAUAACAAAGAAUUUUUUUUUAUUGAUACUUUGAAAAACUUUUCAUUUUUUGAGAUAAAGGAAUCUACCUUUGAUGGUACGAAGAAUUUCUGUUUUUAAUUUCGGCCGCUUAUUAUCGAAUGUAUCUCAGAAUGAAAAAAUUUAAUUGAAUAUCUCCCUAAAAGUGGAUAUCCCCUAAGUUACGUAGUUAUUUUGCUAUAUCGUAAGAUCUCCGACCGCUUAGGAAACUAAAGAAAAAAUGAUAGUGAGCUAAAAUUUCUUUGGUAAAAUCAACGUUUUCUUCAUUUUUUUCUACUGUUUUCUCCUGUGUUAGCAUGUGGCUAGUAAAUAAUCUUUGGAAUUUCAGCUUCUCCCAGCGGCGUAUCCAGGGAGGGGGGCAAAUAGGCAAUUGCCCAUUUCAUUUGGAGAUUUGCCCAUUGUAAUUUUUAUUAGUAAGUUUUUGCCCAUUGAAAUUUUACUUAGUAGAUAUACCCAUGCGUUUUUUUUUUGUAUAACCCUUAGAAAGGUAUAUGUAAGAGUGCCUAUAGACAGAAUUGUUUGUU